AUGGUGAAGUCCUGUUCCAGCGUUCUGCCCUGGACAACUUGUGGCAACAGCUGGAACACUGAUCUGUGUGUGGAGGCUGUGACGAUUGGCACCUUCAACAGCAACAGGACCUUUGUAGGGAAUGCAUCCAGUCCUGAGGGAGAGUUGUGGGAGAACGACACACUGGCUCAUACUGCUGCUGAGGAGUUUUGGCAGUACAACGCACUAGGUAUUUCCAGUGGUUUGGAGGAGGUUGGGUCGGUGCAGUGGCACAUGGUCGGCUGUCUCUUUGCUUCCUACAUCAUUGUAUGUCUCUGCAUGGUUUCUGGAAUAAAGUCUAUAGAGAAAGUUGUGUAUGUGACGGCAAUAGUUCCAUACAUUCUUCUGGUGACCAUCUUCAUAAGGAUGCUGAUGCUGCCGGGAGCUGGAGCUGGUCUGCUGUACUACCUCACACCAGACUUCAGUAGACUCCUCCACGCACAGGUAUGGCUUGAAGCGUGUAUCCAGGUGAUGUUCUCCCUGGCUGUGGGCUGGGGAAUGAUUGGAACUGCUUCCAGCUACAGUCAGUUCCACGAACCCUGUCUAAGAGACGCCAUCAUCGUGACUGCUGUAUCAGAAGGAACAAGCAUCUUCGCUGGAUUUGUCAUAUUCGCUACCCUUGGCGUCAUGUCGGAGAAGACUGGUGUUUCUAUUUCAAAAGUGGUUUCCAGUGGUCCAGGAUUGGCCUUUGUUGUGUAUCCAGAAGCUUUAUUCCAACUUCCAAUGCCACAAGUCUGGUCAUUUCUAUUCUUCCUGGUGUUGCUUACAGCCGGACUUGAUUCACAGUUUAUGAAUAUUGAGGUCCUUACAACAGCCAUGGUAGACAAAUAUCCGGCCGCUUUAACCAAAAGACGCCAUCUUGUGACAGCCGGUGUGUGCGGGAUAAGCUUCUUGCUUGGGAUUGUAUUAUGCACAGAGGGAGGACCCUACAUAUACCAACUGCUGGACUGGUAUUUGGGCGCCUUAUCCAUACUGCUAUUUUGUACAAUGGAAUGUCUGGCUGUUGUCUGGAUUUAUGGUUUGAAGCAGUUCAGCAAAGACAUUGAGAUGAUGAUAGGGAAACCCCUGGCAACCCCUUUCAAGAUACUCUGGGCUUUCGUCCUUCCAGCAGUGCUUUUGGCCGUGCUCUUACUGUCCCUACUACGAUAUGAACCACCUUCAUAUGGCAAGUACACAUAUCCAGGUUAUGCCAGUAUCAUUGGUUGGUUCGUUGCGUCAGCUCCACUUAUUCCUCUGCCAAUCUACGCCAUCAAAGCAGUGAGGAAGCACCUGGUGUCCUACACAUUCAAAGAGAGUAUCAAACUGGCCUUGAGGCCAGAGGACUUGUGGUGUCCAGCAGAUCCACUUCGCCGAAAGGAAUAUCGAGACAGUUCAAAGAAUACUAAGCACUCUGUGAGAAAUAAGCGUUCACGUGUAUAAGGGAAGGUACAGGUAUAGUGAAACACCACCAACCAAUGGAACGAGUGCAUAAACAGCAAAAUAUUGCCAAGCUUACUUCUGCAGUUGUGUUGUCUCCUGGACGAGACUUAGAAUAGGGAACAUUCGUUACGAUAAUAUCAGAACCUUGAACUGUCACCUUACAGCACUCAUUUAUACAAUACAAACUCCAGUUAUGGAAUAACCAGAAUCGGAAAAAUAUUGUCUUUCUUCAACACUUUAUAUUUCAAAUACAGUGUUCAAGUAGAAAAAUACACUCUUUUGUUUCUUAUCUGGGAAAAGAACAGUUCUUUUAGAGCAGAUGUGUUUAAAAUAAAUGUGUCACCUGCAUGCCUUUGUCCAUGUGAAGACGUCUAUCACUUGUUUGUCUAAUGUGUAAUGCCACUAGAGUGAGUGAGUUUAGUUUUACGCCGCACUCAGCAAUAUUCCAGCUUUCCAGACAAUCCAGUGAUCAACAGCAUGAGCAUCGAUCUGCGCA